UAAGUUAGUAUGUGUUGUUGAUUGUAUACCCUAAACCAUCAAUACAUUAUACACUAACCACAUACCCUAUACCCUAACCAUAUGUUCUUAUGAGUUGUGAUUUUGCUAGUAUAGUUAAUUUAAAACUGAAAUUCAUACUUUGAUUUUCAAAACAUAGAUAAAAAGUGAUAUUUGCUAAUUGCUAUACCCUAACCAUAUAUCUUAUACUCUACAUCAUAUACCUUGUACCCUAACCACGUACCACAAACAUAAAUUAAAAAGGGAUCUCCCGCCGUUAAAGACAUCAAAUGACUUCAAGUGAACAUAUGUUAAUAAAAAACUUAGAACCGUCAAAAUCAUCAAUAUCUUAUACCCUAACCAUAUACUCCCUAAACCAUAUGUACCUUAUACCAUUUACCCUAACCAAUAUACUUUAUACCCUAAACAACGAACCGUCAAAGAUUACUUAUCAAGUUUAGUAUAAUUGUUGUAACUAAUGGUUAAUUUAUUUAUUAGCCCAUAAACAAUUAUAGCCAUAUAUGGUGGCUUCUAUGGUACCCCGGGUGAAAUCCGGGGUACCGCAUACCUCGAGUAUGGAAACUCUAUCUAGACCUCGAAUUACCAGGAUUUUUGUGUCUGAUAUUAUACCCUAACCCUUAAUGAGUGAAACGUAGGUCAUAACUAUCUAAAUCAUAAUCUAUAAACCCUAAGAUGGUGCAUUCCUUUUUGUGCCUAUAUUUGGAUGAAUCAUAACCGUCGAUUAUUGUUUCUAAUUAAAUUGAUCUUGGAUUAUAAGAUUGGGAGAGUUAACACCUAGAUUUUGAUCUUUAAGUGUUAGAGUAUAGUAUCAUGUCCGAAAGAUAGGUCAAUUAAAGGUCUAGAUAGUGUUUGCAUACUCAAGGUAUGCGGUACCCCGGAUUUCACCAAAGGUACCGUAGAACUCGCCAUAUAUAUAUAUAUAUAUAUAUAUAUAUAUAUAUGGUGACUUCUACAGUGCCCAGGGCAAAAGGCGGGUACGGGUACCUUGGCCGAUCUUAACCGUUCGUUUUCAAUCUCCACGGCUCACGUUUGUUAAACCUAACUACGCCACUAAAUAACUAAACAAAUUACAAAAAGCCUCCUCCGCGUUAAGUUUGUUUUCAUCCUAGUCCAACUAACUGCCCCGAUUAAAUUAAAUGGAUUAAGACCCAAACCCAAUUGGGUAGACCCACUGCCGCCCAAACCAAUUUCCAGUCUCCCUAACCAAUUACACGAUCCCUCUCUCGUCUUGGAGGGACGCCCCUUCACAGUUCCAAGAGAAGCUCCCCAUCCACAUUCGACGUAGAUUGAAUUUCCCAAAAAAAAUUUGUCUUGUUUCUUCUUCGCCAUUGUAUUUCCCCUCGCCUAUCUCUUUCUAACACGAUUACGGCGACCAUGUCUAUUAUUGUGUUCAUCGAACUUUUCAUUUGCAAAAGAACCCUUGAAAGAGGUUUGCUAACCCUAGGGUUCAUGUCCCUAGUGCUUUGUCAUCUUGUCUUAGCGUUAUUGUGAUUUUCUCGAGCCUUAUAUCUCUCGGUGAAUUUAGGUUUCCUGAUAUGUAGUGUUCGUCUCGCCCAGAGGAUUGAGGAAGAAGAUGAAGAACACAUAAUUUGAUUCGAAUCGGAUGGAGAGGUCUCCUUAGUUUGUGUUUAUGUAUUAACGGUGCGUUUAGGACUAAUUUUAGUUGGACUGGGUCUGAUCAUUGAUUUUUGCAGGCUUUUAAAUAACAUUCAAACGUGGGCUUGUACAUGACCCAUGCAAUAUUCAAAAGUGGGCCUGGAACGUGCGAGCCCAUUAGUUUUCUCCUGCGGUAUCAGCGCCAACCCUAGUUUAACUAGCUUUAGUUACCCUAGUUUAACCUACACGAGUUAACAUCAUCAUUACUACAUAUCUUCCCAAAUCUUCUAACUCUUGACAUUCCAUACUCAACCGUCUCCAUCACACGUCUCCACACUCAACCCCCACGAUCACUUUUUCUUACACCUACAAUCUCUCUUUCCUCCAUCUUCACCUUCCCUUGUUCCUUCUUCCUCUGACUCCAUGGCAAACAAAGGCAAAUCGUUUGCGGAUAUGGGCAUACUAACUCUAUCAAACGACGACUGCCGAUCCACCCCAAGUCUCGCGGACUAUCUUUCAUUCACGAGCAAGACAUCUAUUGUGGCCGAGUACGAGUUCAUCCACCUGUCCCCUUUCCCUCAAGAAGUGAAGCAGUUAAUUAAAAAUCUUGGCUGGGAAAAGUUCUUUGAUCUCCGGAGUCGAGGAAGCACCAGUUACUGCCCGCAUGUGGUGAGGAAGUUCUACCACAAUUUAGAGCUGUCUGGUCCCUCCGAUUCUCAUCUCGUGUCGGUCUUCCUGGGUUAUAGAGCCUGCUUCCAGCCUCAUCAGUUUGCUGAGAUCCUCGAUCUCCCCGCCGCAGGACACCACAUUGAUAGCAGAAGCGAUCUUCGGCUGUACGAUUUUGAGUUUGAAGUUGAACUGGCGAGACUGACGAAUGGGCGCAUCCAGGCUUCUUUCCUCCCAGAUCCUCUUCGAUUCCUCCAUUGGAUGAUCGUCAACUGCUUCAUGCCAAGGUACAGUGGUCAUUCGAUAAUUUGUAAACUUGACCUGUUUAUCCUUGUGCAAGCUCAAAGAGGUGUUCCUCUUAACCUCGCAUCUCUCAUGUGCGUGAACAUGGUUGAGGCUGCUCCUAAAGGGGAAAACUGGUACACUGCCUUUCCAUAUGCCACCUUCUUGACCACCUUUCUUGGAAGGGUUGGGAUGGAUAUGGGGGUUUAUGCUAGGGAGGACCAUUCCGCCUAUUUGCCAGUCUACCGUAUCGUCGAAGUGACCAAUACUUUUUAUGACCUUCGGCAUACGGAGCAUGAAGAGACCCCUGAGGCAUCCUCAAGCAAACGUCCUCGGCUUACAUGAGAGUCGAUUGAUGCAGGGCGGGGUGGAGCAGUGCAGGGCGGGGUGGAGCAGUGAAGGGGCCAGCAUUGGAUGUGUUUUGUUAAGAAGUUUACUGUAAGGCUUCGUUGUUGUUUUUUUUCCCAGUCUUUUUCUCCAGCACUCAAAACUGUCAGGUACUGAGGGGAGCCAGUACAUCAUCUGACUAGGAAAGUCUCCCAUUUUUUUAAUUAUCCAGACAAAUAUUUUUCUAUGCAUGCAGUAUUUUGUGAAUUUGCCAUGGCUAAUUUCCCUAAGACAGGUGACGAGAUGCAGUAAUGGUCAUCCCUAAGCAAGGAGGUGCAAUUGCAUCCUACACUUGCUAUGAUGUGAGAAGCUAUUGCAAGGGUGCAAAUUUGGUUGCAAUUGAAAUUGGCCCACGAGUGGGGACUAUUGAUGAAAUUGCAAUGUUUUCUCAAAAUUAUAGAAGUGGAAGUAGGGACUACCUAUGAAAUUGCAAAUGAAUUUCAUUGGGGGAGAUUUUAAUCCGCUUUUGUUCUAAGCAGUUCCAAUUAGGUUGAUUAUAAUGAUUUUUUAUCUAUGGUGAUUUUUCCCCUUUUUCAUCAAGACUCAUGCUUCUUUUAUCCCCCUGUGGAUCUAUCAUGCUUCGUUUAUAGUAAAAUAUCCUUUUGGGUGUGCCUACGGUGACAUGCAUGUCACGGUGACUUGCACUUUCCGGUCGACCUCAGCUAGGAUUAGGUCGACCUCAUUUAGAAUUCGGUCGACCUCAUAUAGGAUCCGGUCGACCUCAUUUAGGAUUCGGUCGACCUCAUAUAGGAUCCGGUCGACCUAAUAUGUGGUUUCAGUGUAAAAACAGUUCACGGUGCUUACUUUGGAUAUUCAUAUCAUACAAUUGGCUAGAUGGAAAUUAAAGACUAAUGACUUGUUUUGAAGCUGGAGUGUCCCUCUACAUAUUGAAGUGAUUGAUAGCUCGAUAGGAAGUCCAGAAGACCAUUUUUGAACCUCAUCAAAAGGCUAUGCCAAAACUGGGAAACUGCCUAGAAAUGGCUAAGUCUGGAAACGUGUUUGUGAAGUCUAUUUUUGAGCUCAAUUCAAGAAGCAUGAAUGCGAGUCGAGUCCAGGAGCCUCUACCACGUUAAAUUAGGUAUGUUUUUAUACAAAUUCAAGGAAUUGGAUGAAAGAUUGGAUAUCUUUAAGGCUUCAAACAAAAGGGUCGAAGUUGCUACGAAGGCUGUUUUUUUGGCAGACUUUGAGCACAAGCAAGCUGCCAGAAAAACAGCCUUCGUAGCAACUUUGAGCCUUUUGUUUGAAGCCUUAAAGAUAUUGAAUCUUUCAUCCAAUCCCUUGCCUUUGUAUAAAAAAAUACUUAAUUUAACGUGGUAGAGGCCCCUGGACUUGACUCGCAUCCAUGAUUCUCAAAUUGAGCUCCAAAGUAGGCUUGACAAACACGUUGCCAGACUUAGCCAUUUUCAGACAGUUUCCCAAUUUUGGCAUAGCCUUUUGGUCAGAUUCAAAAAAGGUCUUCUGGACUUUCUAUUGAGCUCCCAAGUACUUUAAUGUGUAGAUGGACACUUCAGCUUCAAAACAAGCCUUUAAUCUCCAAUUUCCAUCUAGCCAAUUGUAAGAUAUGAAUCUCCAAAGUUGGCACCAUGAAACUGUUUUUACACUGAAACAACUGAUUAGGUCGACCUGAUCCUAUAUGAGGUCGACCGAAAAGUGCAUGUCACCAUAGCAAAGUCCUAUCCUUUUAAUUAUACACAAUAAAGAAUCCAUUAAUUAUGUAUGCCUUUUUAUUGUAUUUAUUACUACAAUGAAUUCUCUGACUAAAAGGGGAGUGAAAACAUCGUUGGUGGAAAUUCAAGGAAUGGAAUGAUAAGGGCUGUGCAUAAAUUCAAUUUCUGUAA